UCUAGUAGCAGCAGCCCUCCCUUCUCUAGAAUAGCGCCUCCUCCCCUUUUCAGAUUUUAGACCCAUUCUUUCUCUCAACUUACAAAAAGCACACAAACACACAAGAAAGAACGAGCAAAAAAACAGAACAAGGGCAAUUUGGAGAAAACGAGAGGGGAGGCUGACGCAAAAAAGGGGUAACGUGAGAAGGGACAAGAACAGUCCAAUAUAUGAAAACGAUAAGGCCGUCCUAUAUUUGAGUUUCCUUAAACCCUUUUACCUUUCACCACUAUACACUGAACGAUUACUCAAAUCUGCAUAAAUCCGUUUGAGCUCAAGUUCGAAGCAUUCUCGUUCAAGUUCGAGUUUGGGUUUCGAGUUUUCCGGUGUCGAUUCGAGGUUUCGUUUCGCAAUUUUAGCGUUUCAAUCCAACCAAUGUUACUUUGUUAUUCCGAUUGAGUUGCAAAUUUUCAGCUUUAUGCAUCCGUAUAAAAGGUUAAAAAGGUUCAGUCUUUUGCUGGCAUAGUUUACGGCCCAAUUCAAGUACUCCAUCAAUAUUGAAGCAAUUUGGAGGACUGCAGGUUUAUCCAAUGGGAAAAGCAUCGAGGGACAAAAGAGAUAUUUACUAUCGGAAAGCAAAGGAAGAAGGAUGGCGUGCCCGUAGCGCCUUCAAGCUCCUUCAGAUUGAUGAGGAAUUUAACAUCUUUGAAGGUGUGAAGCGAGUUGUGGAUUUGUGUGCAGCACCAGGCAGCUGGAGUCAGGUUUUAAGCCGGAAGUUGUAUCUCCCAGCAAAGUUGUCACCUGAUACCAAGGACGUCGAUCUACCACUUAUUGUGGCUAUUGACUUACAGCCUAUGGCUCCCAUUGAAGGUGUUAUUCAAGUACAGGGUGAUAUAACAAAUGCUAAAACAGCUGAAGUGGUUAUUAGACAUUUUGACGGAUGCAAGGCUGACCUUGUUGUCUGUGAUGGUGCACCUGAUGUAACGGGACUUCAUGACAUGGAUGAAUUUGUUCAGUCCCAGCUGAUAUUGGCGGGCCUAACCAUAGUCACUCACAUACUAAAAAGAGGCGGAAAGUUCAUAGCAAAAAUUUUUCGAGGAAAAGACACAAGCCUUCUUUACUGUCAGCUAAAACUAUUUUUCACGGAAGUGACUUUUGCUAAGCCAAAAAGCAGUCGGAAUUCUAGCAUAGAGGCAUUUGCAGUUUGCGAGAAUUACUCUCCACCUGAAGGAUUUAAUGAGAAAGAUCUUCAUCGCCUUCUUGAAAAGAUUGGAAGUCCAUCUGGCACAGAGGACCUAGAUUGCAGUAGUGCAUGGCUGGAAGGUCCUAAUAAGGUGUAUAUUCCAUUUCUGGCUUGUGGAGACCUUAGUGGGUACGAUUCAGACCGUUCAUAUCCACUUCCUAAAGCUGCAGACGGAACCUAUCAGUGUUUAGAUCCUGUACAACCUCCAAUUGCACCGCCAUAUAAACGAGCUCUAGAAAUGAAGAAAGCGUCGAGUCAAGGAAUCCAAAACCUAGACAAGCUUUCUCUUGGCACCUGAGCUUACCUUCCAGAAUCAUUCCAUUCUAUAUUUGAAAAGUCGCUUAUAUGUCACUAAAUGUAAGGACUCUUUAUUGUGUUAAUUGCACUUGCAAUUGAUAAAUUUAAUGUGUUUUGUUUAGUCUUUAGACAGUUUAGAACCAGAUGUGAGUCAUCUAGUUGUGCCCCAGGGCUUUUGGUUCACUGGCAAAGAUAGUACAGCUAGGCGCACGUCACUGUGAUUUGAUUCCUCUUGUGAACUUGUAUUGAAGUGAGGAAGGGUAGGGGAGCAAGCCCAUUAUCCACCCACGUUAGGAACAAUUGAUUUUUCAGUUAUCAAAAAAGAAUGAUUGUAAUAUACUUGUGUAAUAGCAAAUUUUUGUGUUGUAUUCCAAAAGUUUAUUUUGAAACAACGAAACGUAAUUGUGUCGUAA